GUCUUGUGGUUUUAUUUUUGUUUUGAUCAAGGAGGUUCCGUUACUAGAAGUGUGUGAAUAUGUUUAACUGAUGACUAAAGGAAAAUCACCAAGCAAAACCAAUUCAUGUAGAGAUUCCAAAUGUGAUGAUAAACCUCCCAAAGAAAAUUGGUCUCAUCAUGCCAAUGCCCAUAGUGGUUUCUCAUGUCAAAAUAAGUUUCUGAGUUCAAAUUUUCUGUUGUCCUUACAAACACAAAUGCCCCGUGGAGGAUCAGUAAUUGCCAGGUCAAUGGCUUGCCAAAUUAAUACUCCUCCAAGGAUGCAGAGUUCAGCUGUUAACAAGGCUUGGCAAGCUCUUUCUAGCCUUAGCAUGACAUCCCGGAGCUAUUUAAAACCCGGAGUAACUGGACCUGUAGCUCAGAAUAUUGGUUCAGACAAUUUGCCUUCUAGGAAAUUAGAUUCUUGUAUAAAAAAAAGUACUUUAUGGAGCUCUUCUGACUUGGCGGAUAGAUCUUAUGAAAGUUCAGCACAUAAAAAAUUUCAAACACAUCAGAAAUUGAGUGAUUCCAGUGGUAUGGAUGGAGAAUCUGGCAUUUCCAUUCCACAAAGCAGGAUUGGUGCUACUGAUGGCCUUGGUGCUGGACAAUUAAAACAGAGGGAAGCACCAGUGCAGCACAGUUUUAACGCACGCGUUGUCAAUGGACUAUCUGUUAAUCAUAAAUUUCAAACGCAUCAAAACUUUAGUGAUUCCAGUGCUAUGGCUGGAGAACAUGGCAAUUCCUUGCUACAAAGCAGGAGUUAUCCUAGUGAAGAUAGCUUAGGUGCAGGGCAACCAAAAGAGAGGGACGCAUCAGGGCGGUUCAGUACUAAUGCAUGGAUUGGCGAUGGGCUAUCCAAUAAUCAUUGUGUUAACCAGGAGCAAGGAAAUGGAGGGAGUUUUGUUAAUGAAAUUGUUGAUGAUGAUAUACUAAAGGAAAUUGAUGUGGACCAAAUAGUUCUGGAACACUAUCAAACAACUUGCACACCUCAGUCUUUGGAGUCUAAACCUCCACCUUCUACAUCUGUUAUGAGUAAAGAUAAUGUUUCAAGACCUGUUGUAAAAUGUUUGCCACAAGAACUAUGCACAGAAUGUAAUCAUGGUUUUAAGUUAGGCCUUUGCCCAGAAGCUGCAGGACAUUUGCAAGAGAUGAAAGAUAAGCUAAUUUCCAUAUCAAAUGAACUUCUUGACAAUAUUGAUGACCUCAGUCCAGCACACAUAGAGAAGCUUCGGGAGGAGAGGUUGCAGCUGAAUAAACAAAUUCAGCAACUUGAAAAGUGUCUUCACUCUUUCUCAAUGGAUGAAGAACGACAGAGGUCCCAUUUUUCGGCUACUACAGCCACAUCAAAGGGUUUCCAAUAUGAAACUCCUCUGGCUGGUGCAUUCAGGAUAAAUCCUCUGCGGCUUGAUGCCCAAUUUGAUUUGCAAAAUGAGCCAGAGAGCUGUGGAAAGUGGAACUCGUCAUCUGUAUUAUUCUCUUCUGUAGACAAAUUUGGUGCUCCACCCAGACCUCUGGAAGCAGAACCAUAUGUUCCAGAGUUGAUUGAUGUUAAUUAUAUUGAAGGAUCAAAUGACUCAAAGUGGAGUAGUCGAGAUUUCUCUUGGACCAAAAAGCUGGAGGCUAAUAACCGGAAAGUGUUUGGAAACCAUUCAUUCCGCCCCAAUCAAAGAGAGGUUAUAAAUGCAACAAUGAGUGGCUAUGAUGUUUUUGUUUUGAUGCCAACUGGUGGUGGAAAGAGCCUGACAUACCAGCUUCCUGCUCUUAUAUGUCCAGGAAUAACUUUGGUAGUUUCGCCUCUUGUCUCACUCAUACAAGAUCAAAUUAUGCAUUUGCUUCAGGCAAACAUCCCCGCUGCUUACCUAAGUGCAAAUAUGGAGUGGUCUGAACAACAGGAGAUCCUUAGAGAACUGAAUUCAGAUUGCUGUAAAUACAAGUUCUUAUAUGUCACACCUGAGAAAGUUGCUAAAAGCGAUGUUCUUUUGAGACACUUAGAGAGUUUACAUGCUCGUGAAUUACUUGCUAGGAUUGUUAUUGAUGAAGCUCAUUGUGUAAGCCAAUGGGGACAUGAUUUUAGACCAGAUUAUCAGGGCCUCGGUAUCUUGAAAAAAAGGUUUCCAAAAACUCCUGUGUUGGCUUUAACUGCUACUGCAACAGCAAGUGUUAAAGAAGAUGUUGUGCAAGCUCUUGGUCUUGUUGAUUGCAUUGUAUUUCGACAAAGUUUCAAUCGCCCGAAUUUAUCGUACUCCGUAGUUUCCAAGACAAAAAAGUGUUUGGAUGACAUCGACAAAUUUAUUAAAGAAAACCAUUUUGAUGAAUGUGGUAUCAUUUAUUGUCUUUCGAGAAUGGAUUGUGAGAAAGUUGCUGAAAAGUUGCAGGAAUGUGGCCACAAAGCAGCAUUUUACCAUGGUAGCCUGGAUCCUCAACAGCGAGCUUCUGUUCAAAAGCAGUGGAGCAAAGAUGAGAUUAAUAUAAUAUGCGCUACAGUUGCUUUUGGAAUGGGUAUCAACAAACCCGAUGUCAGGUUUGUCAUCCAUCAUUCGCUUCCAAAAUCUAUUGAAGGCUACCAUCAGGAGUGUGGUCGUGCUGGUAGAGAUGGUCAGCGUUCUUCCUGUGUGUUGUAUUACAACUAUAGUGACUAUAUUCGAAUUAAGCAUAUGAUUAGCCAAGGAGUAAUAGAGCAAAGCCCCUUGGCACUAGGGUCAAGGCAUACCUCUGUGGUGAAUUCAGGGAGGAUACUAGAAACAAAUAUUGAGAAUCUUCUGCGUAUGGUCAGUUAUUGUGAAGAUGAUAUUGAUUGUCGACGCUUCCUACAACUUGUUCAUUUUGGAGAGAAAUUUGAUGCUGCAAACUGUGGAAAGACUUGUGAUAAUUGUUCCAAGACUUUAAGUUGUGUUGAGAAGGAUGUCACUGACAUAGCAAGGCACUUGCUUGAAUUGGUGAAGUCAACAGGUCAGCAGCAUUCAUCAGCUCAUAUGCUGGAAGUCUACAGGGGUUCCUUGAGCCAGAAUGUUAAGAAGUACAGACAUGAUACUUUGAGCCUUCAUGGAGCCGGUAAACAUUUACCCAAAGGAGAUGCCUCCAGAGUAUUGCGCCAUCUUGUUAUUGAGGAAUUGCUUUUGGAGGAUGUUAAGAAGAGUGAUAUUUAUGGAUCUCUGUCAUCAGUAUUAAAGGUAAAUGAAUCAAAAGCAAAUGAUCUCUGCUUUGGUGGACAGAAGAUUAUCUUGAGAUUCCCGGCCUCCACAAAACAAGCUAAGAUGAGCAAAUCUGGAGUGACACCAGCAAAAGGCUUGUUAUCAGGAAAGAUAAGCCCUGCACAAAGUGAAACUCCUGGCCAACCUCAAAAUGUGGAUUUGGAUCUCUCAGCAAAACUUUAUUCCUCUUUGCGAAUGCUUCGAACUGCUCUUUUGAAGGAAGCUGGUGAGGGGGUCUAUGCGUACCACAUAUUUCAAAAUGCCACAUUGCAGCAGAUCAGCAAGAGGGUUCCCAGGACAAAAGAAGAACUUCUUGAGAUCAAUGGCAUUGGAAAGGCGAAGAUAAGUAAGUAUGGAGAUCGGGUGUUGGAAGUCAUCGAAUCUACCAUUAAUGAUCACUAUAAUGUGGAGAAGAAUAGCAGCGGCAGUAAUGAUAGUACUGGGACAGUCAAGAGGAGGAGAAACACCAGCAAGAUUCUUUGUUCCAACACAAUGGAGGAUGAAGACUUUACUGAAAGUUAUGGCCUAUCAAAGAAAAGGGCAACGAAGGGGCGACUGAAAAAAAAUGAUCAGCGUAAUAAUUCUGAAGUGCCAAACUAUGAUGAGCAAUUGUUAGAUAAUGAUCUGGUGGAUUUAGAUGAUUCCAAAUCUGACGAGGAUAUUGUAGGGUCAGACUUGAAAGUUCAGAAGAAUGCUGGAGGCAGAGUGUUACCAUCAUGGUCAACUCCAGGAAACAAAGUUCAAGAUCAAGGUCAGGAGUUGUUCCAGAAGUAUGCCUUUGAUGGGUAGAUCUGAUAUGAUUAUCAUAAUUCAGUAUGGAUGUGUUUUGAUUUAUAUUACUCCUGCACGGCGUUUCAAGUAUCGGGAUCAGAUUCGGCAGAUCAGCCAUUGUUGAUGUACUGAUACCAGUCCGAUUUUGUGAAGUAUUGGCCAAAGAUUCUCCAUGGAUCAGGCUGUACCUGCUAAUCUGAUCACAAGACCUGAGUUUUGUAUUUCCGCAAAUAUCUAUCGAGUAUGCAUGUAUAGUAUCGGUAUCCUAGGGCUGACUAUUUACAAGUCUGCAGGUGUAACUGUUGGUAUUGGGGGAACAUCACCUUGAUUCUUGAUUUAAGAAAAUUCAGCCGACAUGGUGCAAGUUAGAUCA